UGACAGCCUCGGAAGCUGAUGGAGAGACAGAGAGCACGCAACUGGAAUGUGAGACUGUAGCAGAGAUUCCUAUGGAUGCAGUGUUUCUGUUUGCGUCUCAAUAUCCCUGAUAUUGUAUGUGCUCUUUUAUGCUGGUUACGGCAAGAUAACAGAAAAAAAAGAAAAAAAAUUCAGCUGUGGAAUCUGUGGACCAAAUGGUAUGAAUCCGUCUCAAGUUUCUUUCCUUAGUCACCAAUAGUUUCAGCAUUACGUAUUGAAUAAUGCAACCUUCUACUGAUGUGAAAUAUCCACAGCUGUUCUCCCACUAGGUCUCUAACUUCAGAUAUCCUAGGCUAUCCAGCCUCUGGUUCCUGGCUGUCCAGGCAGUGUCAGCCACAGUACAAGAUGGAGAAAAGGCUGCAUGCGUGAUGUGCAUCUGCCACAUAGUGACCACACUGAGUUCCAGUAGGACAAGCAACAAGGAAAGCAGCAGGCUUGCUGGACUCUGGGACCUCACCUACCAAGAAGUCUUGUCAGUGGGAUCCAUUCACCCACAUUCCAGCUUAUAGUUCAGCCUGCCAUCUCCAGUUAGAUUCAUUAUGGCAUACUAUCCACACUUCAGCCUUUUGGAAGUUUGUCAGGAUGCUUUUGAAAUACAUGGAUUAGCUGAGGAAGAAGAGGAGGAUGAAGAGGAUAAAAUUGAAGAGAAGAGGGAAAAAAUGGAAGAGGAGGGGGAAGAAGCAGAAGAGGAGGAGGAAGAAGCAGAGGAGGAGGAGAAAGAAGUGGAAGCGGAGGAGGAAGAAGCAGAAGAGGAGGAAGAAGAGGAGGUGGAGGAAGGGGAAUGGGAGGCCAUUGAUGGUGAUACCACAUUAUCUGCCUCUUUAAAAAUCACCUUACCCUCCUUCUGUCCUUCCCCACCUUACACUUUCUCAUCCAGUCCUCUGAUGUGGGGCAAUCUAGAUGAGGUUGUAGGCUCUGUUGCCUGGAUGCCAACUAUUGUCCAGAGUCCCCAGAGCUUUUACAGCCCCACUUCAUGUAGCAACUUAGAUGAAGAACAUAGCAGCCAAGAAGAAGAGACUUUAAACAACUUGAAGUUGACAGAUGGUUCUUCAUGGAGAAAACUCCAAAACCAAAAGGUGACUGAACUGGUAAAUUUCCUGAUCCUCAAAUAUAGAAUGAAGGAACCCAUAAAAAAAGUAGAAAUGCUCAGUGUUGUCACAGAAAACUAUGAGAAACAAUUCCCCAUUAUUUUUGAGGAAGCUUCUAAAUGCUUAGAGAUGAUUUUUGGUAUUGAUAUAAAGGAAUGUGAUCCCGUAAGCAGUUCUUAUGUCCUUACCAAUUCACUGAACCUUACAUAUGAUGAAAUGGUAACUGAUAACCAGAGAAUGCCUAGAAAUGGCUUCUUGAUAGUUAUUCUGGGUGUGAUAUUCAUAGAGGGGAGCUGUGCUUCUGAAGAAAGUAUGUGGAAAUUCCUGAAUAUGAUGGGAAUAUAUGAUGGAGAGGAACACUUCAUUUAUGGGGAGCCAAGAGAGUUCCUCACCAGAGAUUUGGUUUACCAAAAUUAUCUGAAAUAUCAGCAGGUGCCCAAGAGUUAUCCUCCACGCUAUGAGUUUUUGUGGGGUCCAAGAGCCUACUCUGAAACCACCAAAAUGAAAGUCCUCGAGUUUAUGGCCAAAAUGACAAGUAGGGACCCAACUCAUUUCUCAUGCUUAUAUAGUGAGGCAUUCAGAGAUGAAGGAGAGAGGGCCUGAGCCAGAAAGGGCCUCAUGUUUUAGUACCAUGUUAAUAACAGCAUGGGGCAGCCAAAUUUCUGGUUUUAAAGAGAACAGUUACCAUUUUAAGUAAGGGAAGAUCAAGGUUAGUCUGGCUAUGGGUAGAACACAGUGUAAGGCAACUUUGUGUUCUGGUUCUAGACAGUGAUAGUUGUUUCAUCUUGUUUUUCCCUUUUUCCAUUUCUCUAAAGCUGGUCUUUGUAGUUGUAAGUGUGCUAUAUUACAUUUGCAAUGUCAGUUUAUGAGUAUUCAUAAUUCUUUUUCUGAUUCAUCAGGUUUUGAGACAAUAUAGGGGAACUAUUCAAUGGUUAAUCUUUGGUUUCUUUAAUACUUUCAGUCAACUCUGAAAUGUAUACCUAUAUUUGUCCUGUUUAAUAAAACAUGA